AUGGACAAGAUUCUGACCUCAUCUGGUAUUCAAAUACACCUGACUUUACAGUAUGUUUUCAGGAAACAGCACUCGUUUGGUUUCCUUAAUGAGAGCCCAGAAUCGAGUGCUUCGGUGUUGUCUGUACUGACAUUUUGGUGGAUGAAUGCAAUGAUACUAAUGGGCUAUAAAAGACCGCUUACUAAACAUGAUUUGUGGAAAUUGGAUGUCGAAAAUACAACUAAAUAUAAUUCAGAUCUAUUUAGCAAACGAUUGAAACAAAAACAAAGUCAAAGCAUUAAAUAUAAAGGAAUUCUUAUAACACUUCUCACCACUUAUUGGUUUUAUAUGGUUUUGAUGGCGGUAUUGAAGUUUAUUCUCAGUUUUUUACCAUAUGCUAAUCCACUAAUACUGAACUGGUUAAUUGAGUAUAUGGGCGAAGACAGUACUGAACCCGUAUGGCGAGGAUAUCUCUAUGCAGUUCUCAUGUUUAUAGCACCGAUGAUUGAAUCAAUUCUCACGAGUCAAUACGAUUUAGGCAUCGGAAUCAUCACUCUUAGAAUGAGAUCGUGUUUAACAAAUGCUAUCUAUAAGAAGAGCCUUCGAUUGUCGAGUACCGGACGUAAAGACUUCACAAUUGGCGAAAUAGUAAAUCUAAUGGCGAUCGACACGUCCAGAAUAGUAGAGUUCGUUCAAGUGAUUAACGAGACCUGGUCUUCACCCCUUCAGAUCGCAAUUGCAUUGUAUUUAUUAUGGCAACAGUUGGGCAUCGCAUCCAUUGCCGGUUUGGGAGCAAUGCUAAUCCUAAUCCCAAUUAAUGGUUAUAUUACUGGCAAAAUGAGAUCCAUUACAACCAGAGUUAUGUUACACAAAGACAAGAGAAUCAAACUAAUGAAUGAAAUAUUGAGUGGUAUAAAAGUGUUAAAACUUUACGCCUGGGAAUCAUCUUUUGACGAUCAGGUUAUGGAAAAACGAAACAAUGAGAUCAAACAACUCACUACAAGAGCCUACUUCCAGGGCGCUAUGGUUUAUAUAUUUAAUUCGGCUACUUUUCUGGUUUCGAUCACUAGUUUUACAACAUUUGUGUUAAUGGAUUCAUCAAAUGUAUUGACACCACAAAAAGCAUUUGUCUCGCUAUCACUCUUCAAUCAAUUGCGGUUCCCAUUAAAUCUAUUGCCGCGACUCAUCUCUUUCUAUGCCAUGUUUUCUGUUUCAAUAAAACGUAUUAAUAAGUAUAUGUCCGGCGAUGAGAUCGACUCGCAGUCCAUUUCACACGACAUGAACAACAAAGACGCUAUUGUUGUGGAAAACGCGUCCUUUUCGUGGACUAAAACAGAUAAUCAGACACUUUCUGAUAUAUCGAUGACUGUUCCCAAGAAUAAACUAAUUGCAAUCGUCGGUCAAGUGGGCGCUGGAAAGUCAUCGUUAUUACACGCAUUGUUAGGCGAUAUGUUUAAAUUGAAAGGCAAUAUCAAUUUGAAUGGCAGUAUAGCAUACGUUCCCCAACAGGCGUGGAUCCAAAACGCAACUCUCAGACAGAAUAUCAUUUACACCAACCCUUUAGAUGAGAAAAAACUAAAUAAAAUUAUAGAUAAUUGUGCUCUCAUUCAAGAUUUGGAAAUACUUCCCGGAGGAGAGACCACUGAAAUUGGAGAGAAAGGCAUCAAUUUGUCCGGCGGUCAAAAGCAAAGAGUAUCGAUGGCGAGGGCCUGUUAUUCAGACGCUGAUGUAUACCUUUUAGACGACCCGUUAUCUGCUUUGGAUGCAAAUGUAGGCAAACAUGUCUUUGAUAGAGUCAUUGGACCCAAUGGUAUGCUUAAGAAUAAGACAAGAGUUCUGGUAACGCAUCGCAUAUCAGUUUUGUCAAAAUGUGACCAAAUUAUUGUCAUGAAAGACGGUUUCAUUUCUGAAUUCGGAUCUUAUAAGCAAUUAUUGGAAAAUAGAGGAGAUUUUGCAGAAUUUCUUAUGUCUCACAUCAAUGAAGGAAACAACGGUUUCAUUUCUGAAUUCGGAUCUUAUAAGCAAUUAUUGGAAAAUAGAGGAGAUUUUGCAGAAUUUCUUAUGUCUCACAUCAAUGAAGGAAACGAUGAAGAGAUGGAUGAGGAAGAGAUGCAACUCAUUGAUGAAGUCGUCACAAGUGAUAGUAUUCAUAGGCAAAGGUCGAGGACUAAGAGCUCCGAUAGUUAUUCUAAAGGCUUGGAAAGGAGACGAACGCAGAGCAAUGCAUCCAAAGUAUCGAAAGUGAGUGCAAAACAAGAAUCGGACAAAACUUUGGAACAAAAACUUAAGAAAAUGUCAAAACUAACGGAAGCAGAGAAGUCAGAAACGGGUUCAGUUAAGUGGAGUGUGUAUUGGGCUUACUUCCAGAGAAUAGGGCUCAUCGGCACGUGUGCUAUACUCGUCUCAUACAUCGCUUCCAGUGCUUUCAACGUAGGGUCGAGUCAAUGGCUAUCUCUAUGGAGCGAUGACUCCAAUAAUGCCGAAAGGGUUAAUGAUAUUCGAUGGCGAAACAUACGGCUCGGCAUAUAUGGGGUGUUGGGUUGCGGAGAGGCUAUAUUUCUGCUCAUAUCGACCAUUACUAUGAAUUUAGCCACAUUAAGAGGCGCUCGGCUUUUACACAACGAUAUGUUACACCAUAUAUUUAGGGCUCCAAUGAGUUUUUUUGACACAACACCGAUGGGUCGGAUACUAAAUCGUUUCUCACGAGACGUCGAUAUUUGUGAUACAAUGCUUGGUAUGAAUAUCCGGAUGACAAUGAUUCAAACAUUUCGGGCUAUCUCUGCAUUUGUCGUAAUGGCAAUCGAGACCCCACUAGUUCUGGUGGCCAUACUUCCCAUCGGACUCAUAUAUCUAUUUGUUCAGCGCCUAUACAUUCCCACAUCACGACAAUUGAGACGAAUUGAAUCGACCACUCGAUCGCCCAUUUAUAUACAUUUCUCCGAAACACUUACUGGUGCGACAAGUAUUAGGGCUUACGGUUCUGUCGAACAGUUUAUCGACGAAUCAAAUAAAAGAGUAGAUUUAAAUAAUAUGAGCACUUUUGCGGCCACUCUUACGAGUUGUUGGCUUUCAAUACGUUUAGAGUUCUUAGGCUAUUGUAUAAUAUUUGUAAACGCUUUAUAUGCUGUCAUAUCCAGAGGUUCACUAACUCCAGGUGUGGCCGGACUUACACUCAGUUAUUCAAUGACAAUCACCCGAACACUCAAUAACUUGAUUCGCGCCACAACUCUAUUGGAGACUAAUAUUGUUUCGGUUGAACGAUGUCUUGAAUACACAGAAACUCCUUUAGAGGCUUUGUGGCACAAACCUGAUGAACAACCACCUCCUGAAUGGCCACAAAAUGGUUGCAUUACUUUUGAAAGCUAUAGCACAAGAUAUAGAGAAGGAUUAGAUUUGGUGUUAAAAGAGAUAUCAUUUCACAUUAAUGCUGGCAAUAGAGUGGGAGUCGUUGGCCGGACGGGUGCCGGAAAAUCAUCUCUAACUUUAGCUCUAUUUAGACUUAUAGAAUCAACCAAUGGCUUAAUAAAGAUCGAUGGCAUUGAUAUAAGCAAAUUAGGUCUCUAUGACUUACGAUCGCGAAUUACAAUUAUACCUCAGGAUCCGGUGCUCUUCACCGGCACUUUACGAAUCAAUUUGGAUCCGUUUGAGAAGCACUCGGACUCUGAUAUAUGGACGGCAUUAGAGUUGGCACAUCUCAAACAGUUUAUUGAUUCACUCGAUGCCGGACUCAAUCAUCCCGUGAGCGAAGGCGGAGACAACUUAAGUGUCGGCCAAAAACAACUGAUAUGUUUGGCGCGGGCGCUGUUACGCAAGUCCAGGAUCAUUGUCUUGGAUGAGGCGACCGCUGCUGUCGAUAUAGAAACCGAUGAAUUAAUUCAACAGACGAUUAGGACUGAGUUUAAUGAGUGCACAAUUGUUACGAUUGCUCACCGAUUGAAUACAAUUCUAGAUUACGAUAGAGUUCUUGUUCUGAGCAAAGGACAGAUUGCCGAAUAUGACUGCCCACAAGUCCUCCUCAAUAAUACCAAUUCUAUCUUCUAUUCCAUGGCCAGGGAUUCCGGACAUAUAUAACCUCACACCAAAAUCCACUAAAUAACUUGGUC